AUAUCAAUACUUUUACCCUUAUCCCAUAAGCUAUAGGGUCAGGCAGUGACCCAAGAGGAGAAGUGGUGAAAACAAAAGGACCUAAACAUCUCAUCAAUCCAUUAAAUCAAACCACCUCCUCCAAGUCAGUGAAGGAUAGUUGCCUGCUUUCCUGUUUUCACACAUGCAUUUCAUUUCUUUUCUCAUUCAAGGGUGCCAUUGUGUUCAUUUUAAUUCCUCACACAUUCAAUUGUGUUUUUAAGAAGGAUGAGGGAAGUAAGGGAGAGAGGGCAAAGAAAAUUUUAUUACUGAGCUAAAAAAAAAAAAGAUCCCAGUAAAGAUGUUGUUCACAGAGUAGUUAGGAUGAAAAAAAAAAAUUUUUUUUGAGAGUCCUGUAAAUUGUUCUAUUUAAAUUAUUAAGUCAGUGUUUUUUGAGAUAAUAGUUUUUUCUUAAAGUUAUCAAGAUUUGUUUUUAUUUUGCAGUCUAUUUUGCAACUGAUGUUUCUACACAUUCUAUUUUAGGUAACCAUGUGAUUUUUACCUCAGAUCUCUAGCAAGUACUCCAAAGAAGAAAACAUUCUGAAAAAUCAAUCGAGUUUUCUGUGAAGUCAAACCCAAGUAACAUCUCUGUUUUAACCACAAGCAGGAGAAAUGAAGCACAUUAUCAAUCCAUAUGAAAAUAUCAAUAAUUCAGCAAGAAAUAAUUCAGACUGUCCUCCUGUGGUAUUGCCAGAAGAGAUAUUUUUCACAAUUUCCAUUGUUGGGGUUUUGGAGAAUCUGAUUGUCCUUCUGGCUGUGAUCAAGAAUAAGAACCUUCAGUCACCCAUGUACUUUUUCAUUUGCAGUUUGGCCAUUUCUGAUAUGUUGGGCAGCCUGUACAAGAUCUUGGAAAAUAUCCUGAUCAUGUUCAGAAACAUGGGUUAUCUUAAGCCUCGUGGCAAUUUUGAAACCACAGCGGAUGACAUCAUCGAUUCCAUGUUCAUCCUCUCUCUGCUCGGCUCCAUUUUCAGCCUGUCUGUGAUUGCUGUUGACCGCUACAUCACAAUAUUCCACGCACUGAAGUACCACAGCAUUGUGACCAUGCGCCGCACUGUUGUCAUUCUCACAAUCAUCUGGACGUUCUGCACAGGGAGUGGCAUCACUAUGGUGGUCUUCUCCCAUCACAUCCCUACAGUGCUCACCUUCACCUCUCUGUUCCCUCUGAUGUUGGUCUUUAUCCUGUGCCUCUAUGUGCACAUGUUCUUGCUAGCCCGUUCCCAUGCUAGAAAGAUCUCAACUCUUCCCAGAGCCAACAUGAAAGGGGCUAUCACACUGACCAUCCUGCUUGGGGUCUUCAUCUUCUGUUGGGCCCCCUUUGUCCUUCAUGUCCUCUUAAUGACAUUCUGCCCAAAUAACCCAUACUGUGCUUGCUACAUGUCCCUCUUCCAGGUGAAUGGCAUGUUGAUUAUGUGUAAUGCAGUCAUUGAUCCCUUUAUAUAUGCCUUCCGGAGCCCAGAGCUCAGAGAUGCAUUCAAAAAGAUGAUCUUCUGCAACAGGUACCAGUGGAAUUAUUGAUCCCUGAUUGGAGAAGGGAUAAUAUUGUCAAGUGAGAGAAUAAUGUAGCAUAUUAACAAAUACUAAUGUACCCUCUUUCCUUUCCUUCCCUAAUGGACAUGAGAGACAUCCACUGACUAGUGUUUCUAAUAGUUUGGUUCGAGGUGAACAGCCUUUUUAUAGGAGCAACUUUUAUAAAUAA